ACAAAACUGGAGAGAAGUAAUGCAAAGUAAUUAGUGCAAAAGCAUUCAAAGAGAAGCCGUACUAACUAAAACUCCGCUGCGCACUUUGAGAAAACUUAACAAUAAAAUGGGUGCGUGCUUUAGCUGCUGCGGUAAUAGCGCCGAGGAAACAAACCUAAUGCCCUCUCCGGAGGAGCGUCGCAGUCAGCAAUUGGAGGCAGCAGAGCGACGACGCCAGGAAAAUGAAUCUCGUGGAGUAAAGAAUCUGGACAAGGUACGUCGACAGCAACAGCGUGCGUUAGACAUGGAGCGCAGAGAAGAAGUGGCCGCACGCCAGGGUGAUAAUGGUCCUACUUUGCGGUGGCAAGCAGGUUAAAGUGUGGCUUCAAAGAGAUUCAACCGCAGCUGUCUUAUUGGAUGUUUGGCAUCCCCCAGUUGACUGUGUAUUACGGCAUUUGUAUUCAUUUGUUUUCAAAUCAGUGUAAAUAUGUAUUUUGUACUUUGUGAUUAACUCAAUUCUAGCACAUCAACCAAAUUUUCAACCAAAAAUAAAAUGAUUAUAAAUCGCACAAAUGAA